AUGGGCACAGGUGGUGGGACGCGAAUAACACUAUGGAUAUCAAUACUAGCACUUGCCUUCAUAGAGAUCAAAGUUCAAGCCCAGGAUGAUGAAGCACAAACAAAAUCACAUUAUAUUUCUCCACCCAUCCUGCAGCGACCAAUAAAUUUUCCAUCGGCUUCAAAAUCGCAAGUGACAAUCAUUCCACCUUUUCAAAACGCACUGAAAGUAAAGGCUGGCAAUCCCUCUCACAAUGGUCGUGUGUGCAGCACAUGGGGUAAUUUCCACUUCAAGACCUUCGAUGGGGAUAUCUUUUACUUCCCUGGACUCUGCAAUUACAUCUUUGCAUCCAACUGUAAAUCUCCCUAUGAGGACUUCAACAUCCAGAUUAGGCGUGCAACGGUGGACAAUGCUACCGUGAUCAGUCGCAUCAUAAUGAAGCUGGAAGGAGCAGUGAUUGAACUGACCCAUGGCUCUGUUCUGCUUGAUGACAAACUGGUUCAGAUGCCCUACAGCCAUAUGGGAAUCUUGAUAGAGAAAAGUAACAACUAUUUGAAAGUUUCUGCCAAGUUAGGAUUGACAUUCCUUUGGAAUGAAGAGGAUGCCCUCCUGGUGGAACUAGAUAAGAAGUAUGCCAAUCAAACUUGUGGACUUUGUGGGGACUUCAAUGGAAUUCCGAUUAGCAGUGAAUUUAUUUCAGGGAAGACAAAAUUGACUCCCAUACAGUUUGGGAAUAGGUACAAGAUGGAUGGACCUACAGAGCAGUGUGCUGAUCCUAUUUCUCCUGCUCCUCUGGUGAACUGCUCAAGUGAAUUUGCUUCUAUCUGUGAGACAGUCUUAACCAGUAAAGCAUUUACAAGCUGCAAUGCACUUGUGAAUGUUCAGGACUACAUUGAAACUUGCAUUCAAGACCUAUGCCACUGUGACAGCUCUAUAGCUGACUUCUGUAUGUGCAACACCUUUGCUGAAUACUCCCGACAGUGUGCUCAUGCAGGUGGACAGCCUCUGAACUGGAGAACCUCAGAACUGUGUCCCAAAUCAUGUCCUUUCAACAUGCAAUACCAGGAGUGUGGCUCUCCCUGCUCUGACACCUGCAGCAAUUCAGAACGAUCUGCACUCUGUGAAGAUCAUUGUACAGAUGGCUGCGUCUGUCCUCAAGGAAUGGUAUUUGAUGACAUUAAUGGUGCUGGCUGCAUUCCCCGCAAUGAAUGCCACUGUACCUAUGAAAGUGAAACUUAUGCUCCUGGUGCCUCCUUCUCAUCUAAAUGCAGAUCAUGUACGUGUGUUGGAGGUGAAUGGUCUUGUGUCACCCAGUCAUGCCCUGGGACUUGCAGUAUUGAAGGAGGCUCUCACAUUUCAACAUUUGAUGAGAAAUACUAUUCCUUCUUUGGAGACUGUAGCUAUGUCCUAACUAAGCUCUGUGACAGCAAUGAAUUCACUGUUCUGGGAGAUAUAAACAAGUGUGGCCUGACUGACACUGAGACAUGCCUCAAGGGUAUAGCUGUCAGCCUAAGUGGAGGACAAACUAACAUUGUGAUCCAGCCCUCCGGCAGCGUAUUUGUGAAUAUGAUCUACACACAGCUGCCAUUCUCUGCAGCGAAUGUUACCAUCUUCAGACCAUCAUCUUUCUUCAUUAUUCUGCAAACAACUUUUGGUAUUCAGAUCCAGGUUCAGCUCGUGCCUCUCAUGCAAGUUUUUAUAGACUUAGACCCAUCACAUAAAGGGCAGAUCUGUGGUCUCUGUGGAAACUUCAAUGACAUGCAGACAGAUGAUUUCAAAACCACCAGUGGUGUAAUAGAGGGUACUUCAGCUGCCUUUGGCAAUACUUGGAAAACUCGGGCAGAUUGUCCUGAUGCCAAAAAUACCUUUGAGAACCCUUGUACUAUCAGCAUACAAAAUGAUGAGUAUGCUCAGCACUGGUGUGGACUGCUUUCUGAUACCAUGGGACCUUUUGCUGAAUGUCACUCAACAGUGAAUCCAGAAGUUUACCAGAAGAACUGCAUGUUUGACACGUGUAACUGUGAGAAGAGUGAGGACUGCAUGUGUGCUGCCCUUUCCAGCUAUGCCAGGGCCUGUGCUGCUAAAGGAGUUCUUCUCACAGGAUGGAGGAGCAAAGCCUGCACAAAAUAUACCACCUCAUGUCCAAAAUCCUUGAAGUACACUUACAAUGUCGACUCCUGUCAACCUACCUGCCGGUCUCUGAGUGAGCCUGAUGUCACAUGCAGCAUCCAGUUUGUCCCAGUUGAUGGCUGCACCUGCAUAAAUGGAACCUACAUGGAUGAAAGUGGCAAAUGUGUGCCUGCUUCUAGCUGUCCCUGUUACUAUAAAGGAUUGCCUCUGUCUUAUGGAGAAGUUAUCCAUGAUAAUGGUGUUGUCUGCACUUGCACAUCUGGAAAGCUGAGCUGUGUUGGAGAGAAACCUGAACCAGUCUGUGUACCUCCCAUGGUCUACGUUGACUGUAGCAAUGCCACUGCAGAUGUAAUAGGAGCAGGAUGUCAGAAGAGCUGUCAGACUCUAGAUAUGGAAUGUUACAGAACCCAGUGUGUCUCUGGCUGUGUAUGUCCUCAUAAUCAAGUCUUAGAUGGCAAAGGUGGCUGCAUAGCUCCAGAAGACUGUCCAUGUGUUCACAAUGAGAAUUUCUACAGUCCAGGAGAAUCAAUCAGAGUUGGCUGUAACAACUGCACGUGUAGAAACAGAAAAUGGCACUGUUCUGAGGAACCUUGCCUGGAAACCUGUUCUGUUUAUGGAGAUGGGCACUACACCACCUUUGAUGGCAAACGCUUUGAUUUUGAAGGAGACUGUGAAUAUGUUCUCAUCCAGAACUACUGUGGUCAACAAACUAUGAAUCAGGGAACCUUCAGAGUCAUCACUGAGAACAUUCCAUGUGGCACUACAGGAACCACGUGCUCUAAGUCUAUUAAAGUUUUCAUGGGGAACUAUGAGCUAAUACUCGGAGAUGGACACUCUGAUGUCAUCCAGAGGACACCUGGAGGAAAAAUGCCAUUCCAAAUCCGUUCCAUGGGCAUCUACUUAGUCGUUGACACUGAUGUUGGCCUGAUACUCAUGUGGGACAAAAAGACUAGUAUAUUCAUCAAACUUAGUCCCAGCUUUCAGGGACAUGUCUGUGGACUUUGUGGAAACUAUGAUGGCAAUGGAAAUAAUGACUUCACUACUCGCAGUCAGUCUGUGGUAGGAAAUGUCCUGGAGUUUGCCAAUAGCUGGAAAGUGUCUUCAAAUUGCCCAAAUGCCAACCGUACCAAGGAUCCAUGCACUGCAAACCCAUACAGGAAAGCGUGGGCACAGAAGCAGUGCAGCAUCAUUACGAGUGAAGUGUUUGCAAAGUGUCAUUCCCAGGUUGAACCAAAUGAAUAUUACCAAGCAUGUGUGGAUGAUGCUUGUGCCUGUGACACUGGAGGAGAUUGUGAAUGCUUCUGUACAGCAGUAGCUGCCUAUGCUCAAGCAUGCAAUGAGAUGGACAUUUGUAUUUCAUGGAGAACCCCAACCAUUUGUCCUCUGUUCUGUGAUUACUACAAUCCACAAGGUGAAUGUGAGUGGCACUACAAGCCAUGUGGAGCCCCUUGCAUGAAGACCUGCAAUAAUCCAAGUGGGACCUGCCUUCAUGAGUUGAGAGGUUUGGAAGGUUGCUAUCCACAUUGUCCAAAGAAUAAGCCCUAUUUUGAUGAAGAAACCAUGACUUGUGUUUCUAAUUGUGGUUGUUAUGAAAAUGGAAAAAAUUACAAACCAGGAAUGCAGAUGCCUUCAAGGCAGAACUGUCAAUCAUGUGAAUGCACAAAUCAUGGCAAAGAAUGCAAAUAUGAUGAACAUGACUGUACCUGCAUUUAUGAGGGAAAGAAAUACCGCUAUAAGGAUGUAGUCUACAAUACUACAGAUGGCACAGGAGGCUGUAUUGUUGCAACCUGUGGUCCCAAUGGCACCCUUCAAAGAGCCAUCUAUGAAUGUCCCAUCUCAACAUCACCCACAACGCCACCAUUUCACUUCAGCACUACACCACCUGCCACUACCUCCACAGUGUCACCAACUACAUCAGUAUGUGUUUACGAAGUCUGUGAGUGGUCACAAUGGUAUGACGGGAGUCAGCAAACCCCUGGCUCCAAUGGUGGAGAUUUUGAAACUUUUGAUGAUUUGAGAACUAAAGGUUAUGAAGUCUGUAAAGCUCCACGGGCUGUUCAAUGCAGAGCAGAGAAAUUCCCAAAUAUACCACUGAAAGACCUUGGUCAAAAAGUAGAAUGCAGUACAACAGCUGGCCUUAUAUGUUACAACAAAGAUCAAACAUCGAGGAAGUGCAACAAUUAUGAAAUAAGAAUCUUAUGCUGUGUUUAUGAACCAUGUUCUUCAACAACACAUUACAGCACAUCAACACCAAUCAGCACUACAUCUGAGAGCACAGAAACAUCAAGUUCCACUGAAAAAACUACAUAUUCAACCACAACACUAACACCAUUUAACACAUUUUCUAAAAGUACAACAUUCUCAACUUCAACUCCCACAAGCACAACUGUAACACCUGUCACAACUUCUUCUUCAACAACUCCACUUUGCAUUAAAGAAGAAUGUCACUGGUCAAGGUGGUAUGAUGCAUAUUAUCCAGGAUCUGGAUAUGAUGAUGGAGAUUUUGAUACAAUUAAAAACAUUGAAAAAAAAGGAUAUAAAGUCUGUGAUAAUAGAAAGGCUGUUGAAUGUAGAGCAGUACGGUUUCCUAAUACACCCUAUCAACUCCUGGAGCAACACAUUACAUGUAACACACAAGAAGGUUUGAUAUGCUAUAAUAAAGACCAAUUGCCACCCAUCUGCUAUAACUAUAAAGUAAGAUUUGAAUGCUGUAAAAAUAUAACUCUACCAUGCCAUAAAACGGAACAGCCACAUAUAACUACAAAAACAUCAAAAACAACCACUAUUUUUACAAAAACUCAAAGUACCACAUCUACGGAGCAGUCGACAACACCACAUGUAAUAACCAAACAUAAGACUACAACAAAAACGCCAAAAACAGAACAUAUUCUUACAAGAAUAACCCAAUCAACGACGACACCAUCCAUAAGAAUAAAAAGCUCCACAACCAUAUCUACCCCAUACAGCUCAACAGUAACAACAACCACCACCAAGUCAACUAGCGCCUGUGAAAAAGUGUGCUCCUGGAGCGAAUGGUUCGACGUCGACUUCCCCUCCUCGGGGCCAAAACAGGGAGACUUUGAGACCUACCAGCACAUCCGGGCCGCAGGCAAGGAGGUCUGUCAACAGCCACAGGAGAUCGAGUGUCGGGCGGAGGACUUCCCCGAGCUUCCCAUCCAAAACGUCGGCCAGGUCGUGCAGUGCGACGUCCACUUUGGGCUCGUGUGCAAGAACGAGGACCAGACGGGCAAAUUCAAGAUGUGCCUCAACUACCGCAUCCGUGUCCUCUGCUGCAGACCUAACCGCCACUGCACAACCACCAGCCCCGUGCCCACCAGCAGCCCCACCACCACCCACAGAUCCACAAGCACCUCACCAACCUCCUUCCCCGUCACCACCUCCACCUCCACCCCCUACACUCCCACCGUGACGACAACCUCCACAGAAAUCUCAUCGUCAACCUCCACCACCUCCCCCACCGUUCCCACGCAGACGUUUACCCCUUACAGCCCCACCGUCACCACCACCACCACCAGCACCACCACGGCAACCAGCGCCUGUGAAAAAGUGUGCUCCUGGAGCGAAUGGUUCGACGUCGACUUCCCCUCCUCGGGGCCAAAACAGGGAGACUUUGAGACCUACCAGCACAUCCGGGCCGCAGGCAAGGAGGUCUGUCAACAGCCACAGGAGAUCGAGUGUCGGGCGGAGGACUUCCCCGAGCUUCCCAUCCAAAACGUCGGCCAGGUCGUGCAGUGCGACGUCCACUUUGGGCUCGUGUGCAAGAACGAGGACCAGACGGGCAAAUUCAAGAUGUGCCUCAACUACCGCAUCCGUGUCCUCUGCUGCAGACCUAACCGCCACUGCACAACCACCAGCCCCGUGCCCACCAGCAGCCCCACCACCACCCACAGAUCCACAAGCACCUCACCAACCUCCUUCCCCGUCACCACCUCCACCUCCACCCCCUACACUCCCACCGUGACGACAACCUCCACAGAAAUCUCAUCGUCAACCUCCACCACCUCCCCCACCGUUCCCACGCAGACGUUUACCCCUUACAGCCCCACCGUCACCACCACCACCACCAGCACCACCACGGCAACCAGCGCCUGUGAAAAAGUGUGCUCCUGGAGCGAAUGGUUCGACGUCGACUUCCCCUCCUCGGGGCCAAAACAGGGAGACUUUGAGACCUACCAGCACAUCCGGGCCGCAGGCAAGGAGGUCUGUCAACAGCCACAGGAGAUCGAGUGUCGGGCGGAGGACUUCCCCGAGCUUCCCAUCCAAAACGUCGGCCAGGUCGUGCAGUGCGACGUCCACUUUGGGCUCGUGUGCAAGAACGAGGACCAGACGGGCAAAUUCAAGAUGUGCCUCAACUACCGCAUCCGUGUCCUCUGCUGCAGACCUAACCGCCACUGCACAACCACCAGCCCCGUGCCCACCAGCAGCCCCACCACCACCCACAGAUCCACAAGCACCUCACCAACCUCCUUCCCCGUCACCACCUCCACCUCCACCCCCUACACUCCCACCGUGACGACAACCUCCACAGAAAUCUCAUCGUCAACCUCCACCACCUCCCCCACCGUUCCCACGCAGACGUUUACCCCUUACAGCCCCACCGUCACCACCACCACCACCAGCACCACCACGGCAACCAGCGCCUGUGAAAAAGUGUGCUCCUGGAGCGAAUGGUUCGACGUCGACUUCCCCUCCUCGGGGCCAAAACAGGGAGACUUUGAGACCUACCAGCACAUCCGGGCCGCAGGCAAGGAGGUCUGUCAACAGCCACAGGAGAUCGAGUGUCGGGCGGAGGACUUCCCCGAGCUUCCCAUCCAAAACGUCGGCCAGGUCGUGCAGUGCGACGUCCACUUUGGGCUCGUGUGCAAGAACGAGGACCAGACGGGCAAAUUCAAGAUGUGCCUCAACUACCGCAUCCGUGUCCUCUGCUGCAGACCUAACCGCCACUGCACAACCACCAGCCCCGUGCCCACCAGCAGCCCCACCACCACCCACAGAUCCACAAGCACCUCACCAACCUCCUUCCCCGUCACCACCUCCACCUCCACCCCCUACACUCCCACCGUGACGACAACCUCCACAGAAAUCUCAUCGUCAACCUCCACCACCUCCCCCACCGUUCCCACGCAGACGUUUACCCCUUACAGCCCCACCGUCACCACCACCACCACCAGCACCACCACGGCAACCAGCGCCUGUGAAAAAGUGUGCUCCUGGAGCGAAUGGUUCGACGUCGACUUCCCCUCCUCGGGGCCAAAACAGGGAGACUUUGAGACCUACCAGCACAUCCGGGCCGCAGGCAAGGAGGUCUGUCAACAGCCACAGGAGAUCGAGUGUCGGGCGGAGGACUUCCCCGAGCUUCCCAUCCAAAACGUCGGCCAGGUCGUGCAGUGCGACGUCCACUUUGGGCUCGUGUGCAAGAACGAGGACCAGACGGGCAAAUUCAAGAUGUGCCUCAACUACCGCAUCCGUGUCCUCUGCUGCAGACCUAACCGCCACUGCACAACCACCAGCCCCGUGCCCACCAGCAGCCCCACCACCACCCACAGAUCCACAAGCACCUCACCAACCUCCUUCCCCGUCACCACCUCCACCUCCACCCCCUACACUCCCACCGUGACGACAACCUCCACAGAAAUCUCAUCGUCAACCUCCACCACCUCCCCCACCGUUCCCACGCAGACGUUUACCCCUUACAGCCCCACCGUCACCACCACCACCACCAGCACCACCACGGCAACCAGCGCCUGUGAAAAAGUGUGCUCCUGGAGCGAAUGGUUCGACGUCGACUUCCCCUCCUCGGGGCCAAAACAGGGAGACUUUGAGACCUACCAGCACAUCCGGGCCGCAGGCAAGGAGGUCUGUCAACAGCCACAGGAGAUCGAGUGUCGGGCGGAGGACUUCCCCGAGCUUCCCAUCCAAAACGUCGGCCAGGUCGUGCAGUGCGACGUCCACUUUGGGCUCGUGUGCAAGAACGAGGACCAGACGGGCAAAUUCAAGAUGUGCCUCAACUACCGCAUCCGUGUCCUCUGCUGCAGACCUAACCGCCACUGCACAACCACCAGCCCCGUGCCCACCAGCAGCCCCACCACCACCCACAGAUCCACAAGCACCUCACCAACCUCCUUCCCCGUCACCACCUCCACCUCCACCCCCUACACUCCCACCGUCACGACAACCUCCACAGAAAUCUCAUCGUCAACCUCCACCACCUCCCCCACCGUUCCCACGCAGACGUUUACCCCUUACAGCCCCACCGUCACCACCACCACCACCAGCACCACCACGGCAACCAGCGCCUGUGAAAAAGUGUGCUCCUGGAGCGAAUGGUUCGACGUCGACUUCCCCUCCUCGGGGCCAAAACAGGGAGACUUUGAGACCUACCAGCACAUCCGGGCCGCAGGCAAGGAGGUCUGUCAACAGCCACAGGAGAUCGAGUGUCGGGCGGAGGACUUCCCCGAGCUUCCCAUCCAAAACGUCGGCCAGGUCGUGCAGUGCGACGUCCACUUUGGGCUCGUGUGCAAGAACGAGGACCAGACGGGCAAAUUCAAGAUGUGCCUCAACUACCGCAUCCGUGUCCUCUGCUGCAGACCUAACCGCCACUGCACAACCACCAGCCCCGUGCCCACCAGCAGCCCCACCACCACCCACAGAUCCACAAGCACCUCACCAACCUCCUUCCCCGUCACCACCUCCACCUCCACCCCCUACACUCCCACCGUCACGACAACCUCCACAGAAAUCUCAUCGUCAACCUCCACCACCUCCCCCACCGUUCCCACGCAGACGUUUACCCCUUACAGCCCCACCGUCACCACCACCACCACCAGCACCACCACGGCAACCAGCGCCUGUGAAAAAGUGUGCUCCUGGAGCGAAUGGUUCGACGUCGACUUCCCCUCCUCGGGGCCAAAACAGGGAGACUUUGAGACCUACCAGCACAUCCGGGCCGCAGGCAAGGAGGUCUGUCAACAGCCACAGGAGAUCGAGUGUCGGGCGGAGGACUUCCCCGAGCUUCCCAUCCAAAACGUCGGCCAGGUCGUGCAGUGCGACGUCCACUUUGGGCUCGUGUGCAAGAACGAGGACCAGACGGGCAAAUUCAAGAUGUGCCUCAACUACCGCAUCCGUGUCCUCUGCUGCAGACCUAACCGCCACUGCACAACCACCAGCCCCGUGCCCACCAGCAGCCCCACCACCACCCACAGAUCCACAAGCACCUCACCAACCUCCUUCCCCGUCACCACCUCCACCUCCACCCCCUACACUCCCACCGUGACGACAACCUCCACAGAAAUCUCAUCGUCAACCUCCACCACCUCCCCCACCGUUCCCACGCAGACGUUUACCCCUUACAGCCCCACCGUCACCACCACCACCACCAGCACCACCACGGCAACCAGCGCCUGUGAAAAAGUGUGCUCCUGGAGCGAAUGGUUCGACGUCGACUUCCCCUCCUCGGGGCCAAAACAGGGAGACUUUGAGACCUACCAGCACAUCCGGGCCGCAGGCAAGGAGGUCUGUCAACAGCCACAGGAGAUCGAGUGUCGGGCGGAGGACUUCCCCGAGCUUCCCAUCCAAAACGUCGGCCAGGUCGUGCAGUGCGACGUCCACUUUGGGCUCGUGUGCAAGAACGAGGACCAGACGGGCAAAUUCAAGAUGUGCCUCAACUACCGCAUCCGUGUCCUCUGCUGCAGACCUAACCGCCACUGCACAACCACCAGCCCCGUGCCCACCAGCAGCCCCACCACCACCCACAGAUCCACAAGCACCUCACCAACCUCCUUCCCCGUCACCACCUCCACCUCCACCCCCUACACUCCCACCGUCACGACAACCUCCACAGAAAUCUCAUCGUCAACCUCCACCACCUCCCCCACCGUUCCCACGCAGACGUUUACCCCUUACAGCCCCACCGUCACCACCACCACCACCAGCACCACCACGGCAACCAGCGCCUGUGAAAAAGUGUGCUCCUGGAGCGAAUGGUUCGACGUCGACUUCCCCUCCUCGGGGCCAAAACAGGGAGACUUUGAGACCUACCAGCACAUCCGGGCCGCAGGCAAGGAGGUCUGUCAACAGCCACAGGAGAUCGAGUGUCGGGCGGAGGACUUCCCCGAGCUUCCCAUCCAAAACGUCGGCCAGGUCGUGCAGUGCGACGUCCACUUUGGGCUCGUGUGCAAGAACGAGGACCAGACGGGCAAAUUCAAGAUGUGCCUCAACUACCGCAUCCGUGUCCUCUGCUGCAGACCUAACCGCCACUGCACAACCACCAGCCCCGUGCCCACCAGCAGCCCCACCACCACCCACAGAUCCACAAGCACCUCACCAACCUCCUUCCCCGUCACCACCUCCACCUCCACCCCCUACACUCCCACCGUGACGACAACCUCCACAGAAAUCUCAUCGUCAACCUCCACCACCUCCCCCACCGUUCCCACGCAGACGUUUACCCCUUACAGCCCCACCGUCACCACCACCACCACCAGCACCACCACGGCAACCAGCGCCUGUGAAAAAGUGUGCUCCUGGAGCGAAUGGUUCGACGUCGACUUCCCCUCCUCGGGGCCAAAACAGGGAGACUUUGAGACCUACCAGCACAUCCGGGCCGCAGGCAAGGAGGUCUGUCAACAGCCACAGGAGAUCGAGUGUCGGGCGGAGGACUUCCCCGAGCUUCCCAUCCAAAACGUCGGCCAGGUCGUGCAGUGCGACGUCCACUUUGGGCUCGUGUGCAAGAACGAGGACCAGACGGGUAAAUUCAAGAUGUGCCUCAACUACCGCAUCCGUGUCCUCUGCUGCAGACCUAACCGCCACUGCACAACCACCAGCCCCGUGCCCACCAGCAGCCCCACCACCACCCACAGAUCCACAAGCACCUCACCAACCUCCUUCCCCGUCACCACCUCCACCUCCACCCCCUACACUCCCACCGUGACGACAACCUCCACAGAAAUCUCAUCGUCAACCUCCACCACCUCCCCCACCGUUCCCACGCAGACGUUUACCCCUUACAGCCCCACCGUCACCACCACCACCACCAGCACCACCACGGCAACCAGCGCCUGUGAAAAAGUGUGCUCCUGGAGCGAAUGGUUCGACGUCGACUUCCCCUCCUCGGGGCCAAAACAGGGAGACUUUGAGACCUACCAGCACAUCCGGGCCGCAGGCAAGGAGGUCUGUCAACAGCCACAGGAGAUCGAGUGUCGGGCGGAGGACUUCCCCGAGCUUCCCAUCCAAAACGUCGGCCAGGUCGUGCAGUGCGACGUCCACUUUGGGCUCGUGUGCAAGAACGAGGACCAGACGGGCAAAUUCAAGAUGUGCCUCAACUACCGCAUCCGUGUCCUCUGCUGCAGACCUAACCGCCACUGCACAACCACCAGCCCCGUGCCCACCAGCAGCCCCACCACCACCCACAGAUCCACAAGCACCUCACCAACCUCCUUCCCCGUCACCACCUCCACCUCCACCCCCUACACUCCCACCGUGACGACAACCUCCACAGAAAUCUCAUCGUCAACCUCCACCACCUCCCCCACCGUUCCCACGCAGACGUUUACCCCUUACAGCCCCACCGUCACCACCACCACCACCAGCACCACCACGGCAACCAGCGCCUGUGAAAAAGUGUGCUCCUGGAGCGAAUGGUUCGACGUCGACUUCCCCUCCUCGGGGCCAAAACAGGGAGACUUUGAGACCUACCAGCACAUCCGGGCCGCAGGCAAGGAGGUCUGUCAACAGCCACAGGAGAUCGAGUGUCGGGCGGAGGACUUCCCCGAGCUUCCCAUCCAAAACGUCGGCCAGGUCGUGCAGUGCGACGUCCACUUUGGGCUCGUGUGCAAGAACGAGGACCAGACGGGCAAAUUCAAGAUGUGCCUCAACUACCGCAUCCGUGUCCUCUGCUGCAGACCUAACCGCCACUGCACAACCACCAGCCCCGUGCCCACCAGCAGCCCCACCACCACCCACAGAUCCACAAGCACCUCACCAACCUCCUUCCCCGUCACCACCUCCACCUCCACCCCCUACACUCCCACCGUGACGACAACCUCCACAGAAAUCUCAUCGUCAACCUCCACCACCUCCCCCACCGUUCCCACGCAGACGUUUACCCCUUACAGCCCCACCGUCACCACCACCACCACCAGCACCACCACGGCAACCAGCGCCUGUGAAAAAGUGUGCUCCUGGAGCGAAUGGUUCGACGUCGACUUCCCCUCCUCGGGGCCAAAACAGGGAGACUUUGAGACCUACCAGCACAUCCGGGCCGCAGGCAAGGAGGUCUGUCAACAGCCACAGGAGAUCGAGUGUCGGGCGGAGGACUUCCCCGAGCUUCCCAUCCAAAACGUCGGCCAGGUCGUGCAGUGCGACGUCCACUUUGGGCUCGUGUGCAAGAACGAGGACCAGACGGGCAAAUUCAAGAUGUGCCUCAACUACCGCAUCCGUGUCCUCUGCUGCAGACCUAACCGCCACUGCACAACCACCAGCCCCGUGCCCACCAGCAGCCCCACCACCACCCACAGAUCCACAAGCACCUCACCAACCUCCUUCCCCGUCACCACCUCCACCUCCACCCCCUACACUCCCACCGUGACGACAACCUCCACAGAAAUCUCAUCGUCAACCUCCACCACCUCCCCCACCGUUCCCACGCAGACGUUUACCCCUUACAGCCCCACCGUCACCACCACCACCACCAGCACCACCACGGCAACCAGCGCCUGUGAAAAAGUGUGCUCCUGGAGCGAAUGGUUCGACGUCGACUUCCCCUCCUCGGGGCCAAAACAGGGAGACUUUGAGACCUACCAGCACAUCCGGGCCGCAGGCAAGGAGGUCUGUCAACAGCCACAGGAGAUCGAGUGUCGGGCGGAGGACUUCCCCGAGCUUCCCAUCCAAAACGUCGGCCAGGUCGUGCAGUGCGACGUCCACUUUGGGCUCGUGUGCAAGAACGAGGACCAGACGGGCAAAUUCAAGAUGUGCCUCAACUACCGCAUCCGUGUCCUCUGCUGCAGACCUAACCGCCACUGCACAACCACCAGCCCCGUGCCCACCAGCAGCCCCACCACCACCCACAGAUCCACAAGCACCUCACCAACCUCCUUCCCCGUCACCACCUCCACCUCCACCCCCUACACUCCCACCGUCACGACAACCUCCACAGAAAUCUCAUCGUCAACCUCCACCACCUCCCCCACCGUUCCCACGCAGACGUUUACCCCUUACAGCCCCACCGUCACCACCACCACCACCAGCACCACCACGGCAACCAGCGCCUGUGAAAAAGUGUGCUCCUGGAGCGAAUGGUUCGACGUCGACUUCCCCUCCUCGGGGCCAAAACAGGGAGACUUUGAGACCUACCAGCACAUCCGGGCCGCAGGCAAGGAGGUCUGUCAACAGCCACAGGAGAUCGAGUGUCGGGCGGAGGACUUCCCCGAGCUUCCCAUCCAAAACGUCGGCCAGGUCGUGCAGUGCGACGUCCACUUUGGGCUCGUGUGCAAGAACGAGGACCAGACGGGUAAAUUCAAGAUGUGCCUCAACUACCGCAUCCGUGUCCUCUGCUGCAGACCUAACCGCCACUGCACAACCACCAGCCCCGUGCCCACCAGCAGCCCCACCACCACCCACAGAUCCACAAGCACCUCACCAACCUCCUUCCCCGUCACCACCUCCACCUCCACCCCCUACACUCCCACCGUGACGACAACCUCCACAGAAAUCUCAUCGUCAACCUCCACCACCUCCCCCACCGUUCCCACGCAGACGUUUACCCCUUACAGCCCCACCGUCACCACCACCACCACCAGCACCACCACGGCAACCAGCGCCUGUGAAAAAGUGUGCUCCUGGAGCGAAUGGUUCGACGUCGACUUCCCCUCCUCGGGGCCAAAACAGGGAGACUUUGAGACCUACCAGCACAUCCGGGCCGCAGGCAAGGAGGUCUGUCAACAGCCACAGGAGAUCGAGUGUCGGGCGGAGGACUUCCCCGAGCUUCCCAUCCAAAACGUCGGCCAGGUCGUGCAGUGCGACGUCCACUUUGGGCUCGUGUGCAAGAACGAGGACCAGACGGGUAAAUUCAAGAUGUGCCUCAACUACCGCAUCCGUGUCCUCUGCUGCAGACCUAACCGCCACUGCACAACCACCAGCCCCGUGCCCACCAGCAGCCCCACCACCACCCACAGAUCCACAAGCACCUCACCAACCUCCUUCCCCGUCACCACCUCCACCUCCACCCCCUACACUCCCACCGUGACGACAACCUCCACAGAAAUCUCAUCGUCAACCUCCACCACCUCCCCCACCGUUCCCACGCAGACGUUUACCCCUUACAGCCCCACCGUCACCACCACCACCACCAGCACCACCACGGCAACCAGCGCCUGUGAAAAAGUGUGCUCCUGGAGCGAAUGGUUCGACGUCGACUUCCCCUCCUCGGGGCCAAAACAGGGAGACUUUGAGACCUACCAGCACAUCCGGGCCGCAGGCAAGGAGGUCUGUCAACAGCCACAGGAGAUCGAGUGUCGGGCGGAGGACUUCCCCGAGCUUCCCAUCCAAAACGUCGGCCAGGUCGUGCAGUGCGACGUCCACUUUGGGCUCGUGUGCAAGAACGAGGACCAGACGGGUAAAUUCAAGAUGUGCCUCAACUACCGCAUCCGUGUCCUCUGCUGCAGACCUAACCGCCACUGCACAACCACCAGCCCCGUGCCCACCAGCAGCCCCACCACCACCCACAGAUCCACAAGCACCUCACCAACCUCCUUCCCCGUCACCACCUCCACCUCCACCCCCUACACUCCCACCGUCACGACAACCUCCACAGAAAUCUCAUCGUCAACCUCCACCACCUCCCCCACCGUUCCCACGCAGACGUUUACCCCUUACAGCCCCACCGUCACCACCACCACCACCAGCACCACCACGGCAACCAGCGCCUGUGAAAAAGUGUGCUCCUGGAGCGAAUGGUUCGACGUCGACUUCCCCUCCUCGGGGCCAAAACAGGGAGACUUUGAGACCUACCAGCACAUCCGGGCCGCAGGCAAGGAGGUCUGUCAACAGCCACAGGAGAUCGAGUGUCGGGCGGAGGACUUCCCCGAGCUUCCCAUCCAAAACGUCGGCCAGGUCGUGCAGUGCGACGUCCACUUUGGGCUCGUGUGCAAGAACGAGGACCAGACGGGCAAAUUCAAGAUGUGCCUCAACUACCGCAUCCGUGUCCUCUGCUGCAGACCUAACCGCCACUGCACAACCACCAGCCCCGUGCCCACCAGCAGCCCCACCACCACCCACAGAUCCACAAGCACCUCACCAACCUCCUUCCCCGUCACCACCUCCACCUCCACCCCCUACACUCCCACCGUGACGACAACCUCCACAGAAAUCUCAUCGUCAACCUCCACCACCUCCCCCACCGUUCCCACGCAGACGUUUACCCCUUACAGCCCCACCGUCACCACCACCACCACCAGCACCACCACGGCAACCAGCGCCUGUGAAAAAGUGUGCUCCUGGAGCGAAUGGUUCGACGUCGACUUCCCCUCCUCGGGGCCAAAACAGGGAGACUUUGAGACCUACCAGCACAUCCGGGCCGCAGGCAAGGAGGUCUGUCAACAGCCACAGGAGAUCGAGUGUCGGGCGGAGGACUUCCCCGAGCUUCCCAUCCAAAACGUCGGCCAGGUCGUGCAGUGCGACGUCCACUUUGGGCUCGUGUGCAAGAACGAGGACCAGACGGGCAAAUUCAAGAUGUGCCUCAACUACCGCAUCCGUGUCCUCUGCUGCAGACCUAACCGCCACUGCACAACCACCAGCCCCGUGCCCACCAGCAGCCCCACCACCACCCACAGAUCCACAAGCACCUCACCAACCUCCUUCCCCGUCACCACCUCCACCUCCACCCCCUACACUCCCACCGUGACGACAACCUCCACAGAAAUCUCAUCGUCAACCUCCACCACCUCCCCCACCGUUCCCACGCAGACGUUUACCCCUUACAGCCCCACCGUCACCACCACCACCACCAGCACCACCACGGCAACCAGCGCCUGUGAAAAAGUGUGCUCCUGGAGCGAAUGGUUCGACGUCGACUUCCCCUCCUCGGGGCCAAAACAGGGAGACUUUGAGACCUACCAGCACAUCCGGGCCGCAGGCAAGGAGGUCUGUCAACAGCCACAGGAGAUCGAGUGUCGGGCGGAGGACUUCCCCGAGCUUCCCAUCCAAAACGUCGGCCAGGUCGUGCAGUGCGACGUCCACUUUGGGCUCGUGUGCAAGAACGAGGACCAGACGGGCAAAUUCAAGAUGUGCCUCAACUACCGCAUCCGUGUCCUCUGCUGCAGACCUAACCGCCACUGCACAACCACCAGCCCCGUGCCCACCAGCAGCCCCACCACCACCCACAGAUCCACAAGCACCUCACCAACCUCCUUCCCCGUCACCACCUCCACCUCCACCCCCUACACUCCCACCGUGACGACAACCUCCACAGAAAUCUCAUCGUCACCCUAUCCCACUCCCACUUACUCUCCCACGCAGACAUCUACCCUGUACAGCUUCAGUACUUCAACUUCCAUAUCCACUGCGUGUUACUGUAAAAUUGGCGAUGCCGUAUAUUCACCUGGUGAUGUGAUUUACAAUCGAAUUGAUAGCGAUGGAUGUAGAUUUUACGCUAUCUGUAGUUCAAAAUGUACAGUUGAACGUCACAGCGUACAUUGUAACAUUAGUACUCCUUUAACUACGUCUUCACCUCUAUGGUCUUCUACAACAACUUCAGUUCCUGUACCUACCACUUCUGGUAAAGCUCAUGCUCAUGGUUGUGUUUCUGGUGUUUACCCUCCUCUAAAGCGUGGAGAAAAAUAUAAAUUAUCCAACUGUACAGAAAUCACCUGUAAUGGAGACAACAAGAUACAAGUAAAUCAAACAACAUGCCCACCUGUAAAGGAAAUUACCUGUGCGAACAGAUAUCCAGCAAUACUGGUACCUGAUGAAAACGGCUGCUGUUACCGAUACCAGUGUCAAUGUGUUUGCAGUGGAUGGGGUGAUCCUCAUUAUAUUACUUUUGAUGGAACUUAUUACACUUUCCUUGAAAACUGCACUUAUGUCCUGGUGAAACAGAUUACACCUAAAUAUGACAACUUCCGUGUAUACAUUGACAAUUAUUACUGCAAUUCAGAAGAUGGACUUUCCUGCCCUAAAUCCAUCAUUAUUUUCUACAAAUCUGCACACGUGUUGCUGACCCGUGAACUCAUGAAUGGUGUCAUGACCAAUGUGAUGUACUUCAAUGGAAAGAUUGUCCAACCAGGCUUCAAAAAAGAUGGUCUUUUUUUCUCAAAACUUGGCAUCAACAUGAUUGUUGAAAUACCAGAGAUUGGUGCAACUAUCACCUUUAGUGGGCUGAUUUUCUCCGUGAAACUCCCCUACAGCAAAUUUGGCAACAACACCGAAGGACAAUGUGGAACAUGUACAAAUAAUAAAUUAGAUGAAUGCCGCUUGCCAGAUGGUAAGAUUUCUUCCUGUGCUGAAAUGGCUCAUCACUGGAUCGUUGAUAAGGACAAGACAUGCCACGGAUUGCCAAUACCACACCAUGUAACCACACCUUCGCCAAAGCCUCAAUGCAAAACACCUUAUCUCUGCAAGCUUAUCUGGAGCGAGAUUUUUGCAGAAUGCCAUGACGUGAUACCACCAGAACCAUUUUUCAAAGGCUGUGUUUUUGAUGGAUGUCGUAUGGCCAAUGAGUCCAUGCAGUGUUCCAGUUUGGAGAUUUAUGCUACAGAGUGUGCUGCUAGAGGUGUCUGCAUUGACUGGAGAGGAAAGACCAACAAUGUAUGCCCAUACAACUGUCCAGCAAACUUGGUAUAUAAGCCGUGUGGACCAAUUAAUCCUGCUACCUGUAACCCAAGCCUUGAUAAGCUUCCUGGCUAUGGAGUAACUGAAGGAUGUUUCUGUCCUGAAGGAAAGAAAUUCAUAAAUGAGGACAGCAGCAUCUGUGUCUCUAAAUGCUCUUGUAAGGAAACAAAUGGAGUAUCCAGACAGCCUGGAGUUGUCAUUCCUUCAGGCUCCUGUGAAGAAUGCGUGUGCUCUGAAUCCUCUUACUCAAGCCCUCAUCAUGCUACUGUCAAGUGCAAGCCUGUUACCUGUGACAUAUACUGCCCAGAGGGUUACAAGUAUACAAAGAAACCUGGACAGUGCUGUGGCACGUGCGAGGCAGUGGCUUGUAUAGUGACUGUGGGAGACAAUAUCACACGCGUGCUCCAAGUUGGAGAAAUCUGGAACCCACAUGAUAAUAACUGUAGAACUUACAAAUGUGAAAAACACGAUAACCAGUUCAUUGAAGUCAUCUCACAGAUAAUCUGUCCUUCUGUUAACCUGGAGGACUGUGAUCCAGAUAACAUCGAGCUAUCUGAAAAUGGCUGCUGUAAAGAAUGCCGAAAACCAGAGACCUCAGGUUGUAGGAAGUGGAGCAAUACUACUGUCAUUGAAUAUCAAGGAUGUAAAUCCGAACCUGUUGAGAUCACAUACUGUGAAGGGAACUGUGUUGCUUCCUCGCGAUAUUCUCCAAUUACGGACACAAUUGAACAUAAAUGCUCAUGUUGUCAAGAAGCUGAGUCCAGUUUAAGAAAGGUGACUCUGAAGUGCAGAGAUGGAACCCACCUGGAUCACUCAUACCUCUAUGUGGAGAAAUGCACCUGUGGGAGGGCUCAGUGCAAUGCCCAACAGGUGACAGACCAAAAAAAGUCCUCUCAGGAACAAGUGAAUGUCUUAAAUUCAAACUAG